AUGCUCAACCAGUUGGGUUCUACUCUGGCCAAGCGGCGGCAGCUGACGUUCCGGGAGAAGUCGCGGCUCAUCCAGGAGGUGGAGGAGAACCCGGACCUGCGCAAGGGCGAGAUCGCGCGGCGCUUCAACAUCCCGCCGUCCACGCUGAGCACCAUCCUGAAGAACAAGCGCGCCAUCCUGGCGUCGGAGCGCAAGUACGGGGUGGCCUCCACCUGCCGCAAGACCAACAAGCUGUCUCCGUACGACAAGCUCGAGGGGCUGCUCAUCGCCUGGUUCCAACAGAUCCGCGCUGCCGGCCUGCCCGUGAAGGGCAUCAUUCUCAAGGAGAAGGCUCUGCGGAUCGCGGAGGAGCUGGGCAUGGAUGACUUCACUGCCUCCAACGGCUGGCUGGACCGCUUCCGCCGCACGGACGCCAACGCCGACGGCAGCGAGAAGCUGCCCCCGCUGGUGGCGGGCAAGUCAGCCAAGCCCCGUGCUGGCCAAGCCGGCCUGCCCUGCGACUACACCGCCAACUCCAAGGGUGGUGUGACCACCCAGGCCCUGGCCAAGUACCUGAAGGCCCUGGACACCCGCAUGGCCGCAGAGUCUCGCCGAGUCCUGCUACUUGCUGGCCGCCUGGCUGCCCAGUCCGUGGAUACCUCAGGCCUCCGGCAUGUGCAGCUCGCCUUCUUCCCGCCGGGCACCGUGCAGCCACUGGAGCGGGGAGUUGUCCAACAGGUGAAGGGCCACUACCGCCAGGCUAUGCUGCUCAAGGCCAUGGCUGCGCUAGAGGGCCAAGAUCGUUCAGGCCUGCAGCUGGGCCUCAUGGAGGCCCUGCACUUCGUGGCUGCAGCUUGGCAGGCAGUGGAGCCUUCUGACAUAGCCGCCUGCUUUCGUGAGGCUGGCUUCGGGGGUGGCCCAAAUGCUACCAUCACCACUGCCCUCAAGAGCGAGGGAGAGGAAGAGGAGGAGGAGGAAGAAGAAGAGGAAGAGGAGGGAGAAGGGGAAGAGGAGGAGGCAGAGGAGGAGGAGGAGGAAGGGGAGGAAGAGGAGGAAGGGGGGGAAGGAGAGGAGUUGGGGGAGGAAGAGGAGGUGGAAGAGGAGGCUGAUGUUGAUGACAGUGAGGAAGAGGAAGAGGAGGAGGAGGAGGAGGAGGAGAGCUCCUCUGAGGGCUUGGAGGCAGAGGACUGGGCCCAGGGUGUAAUGGAGGCCGGUGGCAGCUUCGGAGGCUAUGGUGCCCAGGAGGAGGCCCAGUACCCUACCCUCCAUUUCCUGGAAGGUGAGGCAGACUCUGAGUCGGACAGUGAGGAAGAGGAGGACGACGAUGAAGACGAUGACGAUGAAGAUGAGGAUGGUGAUGAGGUGCCUGUGCCUAGCUUUGGGGAGGCCAUGGCCUACUUCGCGAUGGUAAAGAGGUACCUGACCUCCUUCCCCAUCGAUGAUCGUGUGCAGAGCCACAUCCUCCACUUGGAACACGAUCUGGUCCAUGUGACCAGGAAGAACCAUGCCAGGCAGGCAGGCGCUCGGGGUCUUGGACAUCAAAGCUGAGCCACUGGGCCUCGCCAUGCCCUCAACCCAGAUGUGGCAGCACCAGCCCAGGGCAAAAGGACUCUUUGGGCAGCUGCUGUGGAUGGAGCCCCAGAUGCUACCAUCACUUUAGCGAUGUUCCCCAGGCCCUGAGAACAGGCCCAGUCACCUUGGUAGGGCCCAGGGUUGGGGUCAGCCUCACUGCCUGCUUAUUGCCUCUUUCUCAGAGUCCUCUUUCCUCCCCAUUUGCCCCUGAACUUGGGGGACCAGGUGGGGAGCUGUCCGGUGCUACCACACCAUGCCAUCAGUGGACUAGGCCACAGCAGCCACCAGGGAUGGGCCCUGGAGGCUCCCGGCCAGACAGUGCCUCUCCCCUCUGCCGUCCACACCAGGUCUUUGGUGGGGGGGACCCCAAAGCCAUUCUGGGAAGGGCUUCAGAGGAAGGUCCAGCCUAGGCCCCUAUGAGGCUGGCAGCCCCCCAUCCCUGCCCCCAGACCGCCUCAAGAAGCACAGUCUAACCACAGGCUCCUAAGCCUGCUUCCGCCUGCUUUCCCACCUCCCCAAUCCCUUUCUCUGGCCCAGCCCAUGUUACUUUGGCCCUCAGUUUUCUUAACAGAUUGGAGGUUCCCAAGAGGCCCUCCAGGGGAGUGAAAAUGGGCAUUUCCCUUGUGGGCAGCUGCAGGCCCCAUGCCUCUCCUUCCUCCUGGCAGGGUCCUAUCUUGGCAGGGGGCCUGGGUCUGGGCCCAGAGUCCAGUUGUCCAGCUGCUCCUUUCCCAGUAUGAAUUCAAUAAAUCCAUCCACUCCCUUUUUGUGGGGUGAAUGUUUUAACAGCCAA